AUGGGAAAGUCGAAGAAUAACAAGAAAGUGGCAAUCGCUGCUAAAGCUGUUACUUCUUCUGCUCUUACUCAGGGUCACAUCAGUUUUUUGCAAAAAAGCCGAGUCGAAACCGCCAAAAUUCGAUCAAAAAAGGAAUCCGACAAUUUGGACCCUCCGAUCGCCAACAACAACAACGACAUCGAUAUGGAAGAGGUCAAGCAUCCACUGCAGUACGAUCGCAUCGUCCCGAACAUCGAUUUGUCUCAGUGGAACCUCCAGACCCUUGCCCACUUAUGCACAAUCCACCGGUAUUCAGAAAAUUUUGUAGACCCUCCGGCGACUGAAUCCUGGGAGGAAGCAUCGGAGAAGCUACUACAGAUUUGUGAUGGGGACUGGAACUUGGUCGAGCAACGCAUUCGAGCUGCGCAUGACCGAGACAUCAAGGACGAAUUUAUUGGGAAUGACCGGGAGCUCGUCGUCUAUGUCCGAGGACUGAUUCUUGGGCUGGCGGUACAAGAUCCUCUGGUGAUUUUUCCUUUGGACGACCCGAUGGAGGAGACUACGUUUUUCAAUCGGUAUUGGGAUUUUACUUUGGAGGUCGAGCCUCGUUUACUACUGGAACUACGUCCUCUGGCUAAAGUGUGGGCCAUUGAGGUUGAACUUCUAGGCCACCUGUGGACCGACCCCGACACAACGACGGUAGUAACGGAAUUGGCUGAGCGUCGCUCAGCAGCCAAGGGCCGAAAACGUGAGCGCAAUCUGGACCCAUCAAUGGAACGAAAAUCAGCUCCCAUUGACCCUCGCUCUCCUGCGCGAGGGUUCUUUCCGGAUGCUACUCCAAAACCAGUUCGCGACUCUGUUGCCCCCAAUAAGGAUGAUUCGGUGAUGAUGGACACAACGGGUCCAUCGGUAAUUAGCCCCACCAAUAAACCAGUCAACGGCAAGUUUGCUUAUUGCUCCGACAAUGAUGGGUCGGAGUCCAUUGAGUCGGCUCCAGACUUUUCUGCACCAUCGAAUUCGGACCAACCUCCUACUGAAGUGGUUGUGGGGAAGUCACCUGCCCCAGCUCAGCGGGCCAACGACCCCUCGACAACAGUAUUGUUCGACUCUCACUUGUCGAAGACUGAGCCUCCCGAGCCUCCUCGACCUUCAGCUCCUCUGUCCGUGAAGAAGCAACUCACUUAUGUUGCCGCCUCACAGAAGAAGACUGCUAUUCGGACCAAGUACUUCUCUGAAGAAAUGAAAGCCCGUGAAGUGACACAGAUGAAUUUGACUGGGCUUCCUCGCUCGAACGCCCAGUUCCUCUGCGCUACAAUCAACUAUGAAUGGAAUGGCGACACAUCUGAGGGUGGGUCUAUUGAAAAGUGUUUCACUGAAGAAAUGGUCUCGGUUCUGUCUAUGGCUAUGGACAACGCUGAGGGCGACUUGGUCAUUCUUCCGGUGAGCGAACUCCGUGUACGGGACAAGAAGUUGUGGCUGACCUCUAAGGAGAAAGUGGAGGAGCUCACCUACAAGAAGCUCAAGCCCUACAUUGACUGGUCCUGGAAUAAUGGCGCCCGAUUUGGCUACAACGCUAAGAACCCCGGCUCCAAGACUCUUCGCACCCGCAUUCGCGUCGCCCACAAUUCUUCUCUGGACGACAUGUCCCGACUACUGGGUCAAUGUUUCGAGAUCACCGGCACGCAUGCAGGCGUCUUCCGUUCCCCGCUGCAAGUUAGUGAUCCUGUCCGAAUCGGUUGGCUACUGAACUACCCCAUGGGGAUUGGGAGAGCGGCACUUGAACGCGAGCUCAUGCGUCACUUCACCUUCAAGAGAGCUAUAGCCCUAGAACCUGCGUGGCCACAGAACCCCGGUACGGCGGGCCAAAAAUGGAUGCCCUCCAAGGGUCCAAAAGCGUGGCACAUUUGGGUAGCUGCUUCUGACGUGGAUAGAGUGGCACGGGCCCUCUUUGCAUGGCUCAGGCCGGAGACAAAGAAGUGUCACAUGCCGUUUGGUGCCCGGACUCAGUUUGUCUACGACUGGGGGGCCGUUACGAAAGGACACCUCGGUGACCUCGCGCAACCAGGGGGGCAGUGGAAUGGCAUCAUUGGGAAACUCAUCAACACCCAUGACACUACCUCCCAGACCUGCACCUCCCUGGCUCCACUGUUUCCUAUCCAAGGCAUGCUGACCAAGUGCAUACCAGCGGUCAAGAAACCUCUACCUGCUCAGCCUGAACAAUCAGCCACACAGGAUGCCGACACUCCAGACUCUCCAUCGCCACCUUCCGUGUCUUCUACUCCUCCAGACCUGACACCGACUAACUCAAGUGUAACUGCCCCCACCGCAGCUCAGCCAACUCUACCCGCCCCAUCCACCAAGCGUUCCAGUCGCAAGCGGUCUAAGAAUCGCCGGGCCAAGCAACCUCUUGAGAAACCUACAGAGACGCCUCAGGCUACUCCUCCCACCCCUCUUCCACGGCCUACUCCUGCACUGAAGUCCACACCCCAGUCAGCAACCAACCCUCCUACGGAGUCUUCCGCUUGGGCGAAACUUUCUGCAUCUGAGCAGCCCCUGGUCACUGAGGCAUUUGAUCGCAGUGCAUGGCUGGCGGCAAUGGAUGCGGAACUGAACCAGGGCCCAGCAGGUCUCUUCCAAAUGAUCCUACCAGGCCCAAUCGAUGGCUUCUAUGUGUUUGUGGUGCGCCAAAAGUUUGCCUGA